CUUCCUCACUCCUCACCCUCCCUUUUCCCUAAACCACUCUUUCAUUGACAAACCACCUUAGCUUCCUACCCUUUCCUAAUCCCAAACAUCCACACCUCUCACCCUCCCCUUUCCCUGAAGCUCUCUAUAGACAAACCACCUUAGCUCCAUUCCCUUCCCAAACCCAACCUCUCUCUCUUUCCUCUCACCCUCCCCUUUCCCUAAACCUCUCUCUUUAUAGAUAAACCACCUUAGCUCCCUCCCCUUCCCAAACCCAAACCCCCCUCCCCAAGAAAACCACGAAAUAGAAGGAAAAAAAAGAGAAAACAGUCCUCACCAAAUGGCUUAUCGAAACGAAGAAAGGACAAACAGUGGGUCGUGCUGCCUCUGUAAAGCCCUCUUCAAACUCUUCGUUUUUGUGGGCCUUUCGAUCUUCUCCUUCUGGCUCAUAUUCCGCCCCCACAGGUUCAAGGCCUACAUCACCACCGCUUCUCUGUCCCGCUUUGACCUCGCCGCCGACGAAUCCAGCCUACAAUACAACCUCUCUCUCGACCUCAACAUUCGCAACCCCAACCGGAGGAUCGGCAUCUACUACGACCGCAUCGAGGCCACCGCCUCAUACAACGGAUCGCAGCUAAACACCACCCCACUCCCCACCUUCUACCAGCAUACCAAGAACACCACCGUGCUGCACCCGGCCUUCGAUGGCCGGUCGCCGGCCCUUCCAACGGCGGCCGCCACCUUUAAGAGGGAGAAGGGUGAGGGAUUCUUCUACAUAGAGGUAAAGGGCUACGCUAAGAUCCGGUUGAAGGUUUGGUUCAUCAAGACCCGGCAUAUCAAGACCCGGAUUCAGUGCAUGGUGAAGAUUCCGGCGCCGGGGAGCUCCGAACCGUUUGAAGACACCAAGUGCCAUGUGCGCUACUGAUGGCCCUGUGAUGUGGAUUUUUUUUUUUUGAUGGAUUCCUUAAUUGUUAUCGUUAGUGGUAUUAGUUUUUGUUUUAUGGCAUUUUAUGUAUUUUUUUUUUUUCCCCCCUGCGAUGCGGUUUUCCUGGAAGUAGACGCGUGAUGGCUUUGUACGAAUUGAUAAAUAUUGACUCAACGGAGUCGUCUUAGUGACCUAGUUCUAGUCCAUGUGGCUGGUGAAGGAGGGUUACUUGGUGACGGCACUACAGGCACAUCCAUCCUCGCUGAGAGGUUAGCCAAUUAAAGACCGCCACGUUGCCAUAUUACGUUACAUAUAUUCUCCUACCCCAAGUGCCAAGAGCUAAUCAUUUUUCUCCAACCUAAGUGCUCCCAAAGAUAAAAAGAGUGAAGUGCCCUUUCAAUGACCAGAACUAUGGGUGCUCGCCAACAAAGAAAGAUUCUUUUCUUUCACUUGAGCCAAAACAUGCUAAAAUAUUGAUUUCAAUUAUUGAUCCCAUGUUUUUCCUAACAUUGAUUGAAUACGCCUUUUCCUCUAAAAAGUCCACAAAGGG